AUGAUCACGCUGCACAGAUCCAAAAACCUCGCCUACGUCUUCGUUCUCGUCGGCUCGUGUCUCGACAACCUCAACGUCGCCGCCGCGUUCACCAUGUCCCAGAGCCUGCAGAAGCAGCUCGACGCGUCGUCGUCGCAGGCCACCUGGGUCGUUUCCAGCUACGCCCUCACGCUCGGCUCCUUCAUCAUCGUCUUCGGCAAGCUCGGCGACGUGUGCGGCCUGCACAAGGUGUUUCUAGCCGGGUUGUUUGCCAUGGCGCUGUUGUCGCUGAUCUGCGCAGUCAUACAGCACAACAUUGUGCCUCUGAUCGUUUUCCGUGCUCUCAAGGGAAUAGCAGGCGCAGCAGUGCUCCCAAACGCCAUAGGCAUCUGUGGGAACUAUUUCCAGGGUCCGCAGCUGACGAGGGCCAUAAAGUUGCUCAUGCUAGCCACUUGCGGCGCCCUAGGCCUCGGAACCAUUCUUGGCGGUGCGUUCUCGCAGACAAACAUCGGCUACCGCGCAUUUUUCUAUUUCUCGUUCGCGCUCAGCCUGACCACUGCCGUCGCGCUCUGUUUCGUCGUCGUCCCCGUCGAGCGCACCGCCAAUCACGACCUCCUGAGCGCACGGUACCUCAAUUACGGCGGAGCAAUACUGCUUGCCGGUGGCCUCAUGAUGAUCAUCGCCGGGCUCACAGAGGCCGGCUCGUCGUGGCGUUCACCGAAAGUGUACGUCACCAUCCCUGUCGGCUUCGUCGUGGUGCUGGCGGUGUUUCUGUUCGAAAGCGUUCUGGUGAAAAAAUACCAGUCUCGAAAAAUAGAGAAAACCAGCUAUCUGUCGCGGCUCGUAGUGCUCUUCCCGCCCGAGGUGGCCCAGAUCACCAACUUUGUGCCCUUCGUUGCCGGCCUCUUCCUCAACAACGCCGGGUUCACGGCGACCAUCACGGCCCUGCUGCUGUACCACGAGUUUGUCGACGAAAACGACGCCGUCCUCGCAGCAGCCAAGGUUUUCUGCAUAGCAGCAGGCAUUGUCGUCGGAGCAGUCGUCUAUUCGCAGAAAGCAGCAGACAGACUCGGGAACAAGACGCUUCUGGUAGUUUCUGCGUGCGUCGACCUCGGAUCGGCUGUCUGGGUGACCCGCAUCGACCCAAACAACAAAAACUCGUUCUGGGAGUUCGAAUUUGCGCCGCUGCUUCUGUAUGGCUGGGCCAUCAAUCUGUUCUUCCAAACAUUCUACCACGCUAUGCUGUCGCAGACACCACUGCAUCUGCAAGGCAACGUGACGGGUAUCUUCCAGACGGUCGGGCAGAUCGGUCUAUGUGUGGGGACGGCCGUUGCAUCGUCUAUCAUCGGGGCGCUCGACACCGCGUCGCCGCCAGCAAGGGAGCUUGUUCACAGCAGAUGUGUGAACGCCCUAUGGUUCAAUGUGGCGUGUUUCGCGGCCGAGCUCGUGCUGAUGCUUGCCAGUAAGAACAGCUAG